GUAUCUUGUUUUCUUUCAUCCACCUCUUUUUCUUUCUCCAUAAUCCUCUUUCCAUCCAUAGUCCCCACUCCACUUUCUUUUUCCUUUUCACUCUUUGACGCUCCAAGAGUUCCUCUCUCACCCUAAACGUACCCUGUAUCCCACUCCACUUGUCCAGAUAAACGGAUCAACCAACCCUAUAGUCACUCCUUCAGUACUUGCCACCCUUCUUGUCCUUACCCGUCCAACAUGUCCUCUCUCUCAAACAUCUCAGACAAUGUCCCCACCCAAAUCCCGAUCACCGAACAAACCUCUCUUUCCGGUACUGAUACGAGUCUGAACAAUGUACCUUGUAUCACGCUUGAACGACCACAAAAAGGCCUAGAUGGUCAAAAGUCGGAUGAUAAUGAGGCGAGAGCUGAAAGCAAAGGUGCUCAGGGUGGCGAGUCUUUGGGAAAUGCCCUAUCGACUGAUUAUUCCCAACACAAGCCAGGUGUUCAUCAUGAUUCAACAGGUCGAGUAAAGGCGCAGGACGCCAACACUGCUCCCAAGCAUGAUACGCACCUCGCCAAAGAAAACUCUUUCCCAACUCUUCAUCCAGCGCCUUUUAACCCCAGUCCUUUUCAGCACCAUACAAAUCCUUUUGUCUUUGUCCCCCCUCUCCCAUAUCUUGGAGCCCUAGGCCAAAUUGCUUUACCACCUUCUGGCUCAUAUCCACAAAGGCCGCUGACCGCUGGCGGAUCCAGUGAGUUGAUGUGGAACCAUCAGUUUAACAAUGGUCAUCCAUACCAGGAUCAAGGCCACAGUCAUUUUGAGGGGCCGGACAGCUUGAAGAGGCCUUACAGUGCCCCAUCGGAGGGUAAUUUGAAGAGGGCGAACAAGAAGAUGAGGGGAGUUGAUGAGGCAAGCGGUGGAUAUUCUUCGGGAGCCGAUCGGGUGCAUGGUUAUUUGGCUCGAGAGUUUGACCCAAGCAUCUUGAAGGAGCACCCAGAGAACGGUGCUGAGCACAUUACAAAGUCAAACUACUUUCAUCCGGCCCUUGGAAAAGCAAAAGGAACACAAACUUCUGCUCGUAACAACAUUCAGGAUCCCUCGGAUAUAGCCGUACCUGCUGUCGCCAAAAUCCCAGCAAACGAUGGCAUCUCUACUGCUACUACUUGUCGCCCAAACCGACACAGCUUUAAUACUUGGUUUCAAUACAUGCCUUCAGGACAUAUACUAGCCAACAAGCAUACCACUCCCCAUGGCCCGAACGACUCUGGAAGCAUCGCAAAGGCCGUCAUCGCUGGACGUUCGUUUGAUAUCCGGCAUCCACCUGUCCUUCGGUCGACGGCCAACAGCCAUAUCGCCAUGCCAACUUCCGAUGACAGCUAUACGGCCAACAGUUCCGACUAUGCGGGUAUGUCGCUUGUGACUCCAUCAAUCCGCAACUUGAUUUAUCAGCCCGAUCCCUCUAUGCACCUGAACAAGGAUACUGGCAGCGGCUCUCCUUCGCAGGCUUAUGGAUACCCUCCUCUGUACACCCAGCACCUACCACCUUGGCUAAACACCCCUGGAUCGACUCAGCAAUUUGCCUUUGGAUCCCGCCUUGGAACGUCGCCUACACCUGGUCAGGACGUAUUGGAUAAUGAACUUUUCAACGCCAAGGAGAGACCGCAAACUGUCCCGGCCUCGAGUAAUCUUAUGCCCUUUGGUUCCUCAUCAAGUACAAACUUGCCUUCAGCAUUCGAUAGACGCAUGUCUUUUCCCUUUAUCUCUCAGCCACCAAUCAGCCCCUACUUGGACGCCGAUGCCCAACAACUCCCUCUAUUGCUCCGCUCACUGGAUACCAGCGUGGCCACGACGACGACUAUCUCGGCAACGGCCCCCGCCUCUGUUUUGGAAGACAAUGACGAUGGGCAUCCUCUCUCUUCGAGAACUAUCCAUCCCACUUCAUGGAUUACGGACGACCUGUAUCAGUUUACGAGCCAAGGCCAGAAGAAGACUGACCUGACAAGAAAUCCCGAGAAGAAGACCAAGGCAGAGACGUCCACUUUUUGUUCGUGCCCUGUGAUGCAUGCUCCCAAAGCGGGAGAGAUUGGAGGUGGGAAAUAUCAUAUGUGUUCAACCAGAGUAAGCGCCAAAAGGGCAAAAGUACAGGGGCAUACCAUGUGCUCAUACUGUAUUGGCCGUGACGGGCAUGUUGAGGAAUACGUUUCUGAUCGUAUGACCGCUGGCAAUCCCGACAAGCUCUGCCUGCUGUACAUCAUGUAUAGGGAAGCCAAGGACAAGAACAGCUCAAAACCUGGAGACAAUAAUCGCUGGCAAAAGUUUUGGGAGCUUCAUCGCGGUGAAUUGGUUAACGAAGCACAAGCAGAAGCUCUUUUGAAAAAGUACAAGGAUAACCCUGUAAAGCAUGGCGAAGGUACCGAUACCUCUGGCAGCUCUGCAGAACCCGAGUUUCCUCCCGACCGCUCUACCGUUUCCUCCCUUCAUCCAUCGUCUGCGUCCACAGCUCGCACCACCACCACCACAACAACCCUAUCGAGCGUCAUGCCUUUCAAGAGUACACACUAUAUCGUCGACGAAAACAACAAGCUCGGUCAGCAAACAUUAGUGGGCGAUAACUAUAUUGGCGGCUUGGUGGAAGAAUACAACGUCGAUGUGGAUGAACCGGCGAGAGUCGAAAAGACCCUUGGCGGGCAUAGUCUCCUGAAAGGAGAUAUGGAAGAAUAUGAAGGUUUGAGUCGCGAGGGCAGGUUUAGUCUGACUCCUGACUCUCUCUAUUCGCCAGGAGGGGAUGACACCUCGUCUGAUGAAGGAUGGGGUGCGGAUGAUAGUCUUUUUGAACCUAGGUAUGGGGGAUCGCUUCUCAUUUGUGAGCAACUUUGAGAACGACCAAUGCCUCCAGUCUCCAAUACACACGCAAAUUGUUCAAAAGUUGUUUUUAACGUGUGAUAGGGUACGUGUUUUCGGUCUUUUGGUUUUUCGUUCUACUCGUUUGUUGUCUCUUGUAUUCUUUUGUACAUCUUGUUCUUGACCUACAUGUAUGUUCGCUAUCCUCUUACUGUCCGCCAUAUUACAGUUUGCGACGGCGACACACGAAAGUAAUGUUCCUAGGCUUACAAGGCCUUUUUAUGAGUAUGCAG